AUGGGCGUUGCGGCCACACCAAAACACUUCGUCGCCAAUGAGACCGAGAACAAUCGAACAGUACUAUCCGCACAGAUUGAUGAGCAGACUCUCCGAGAGGUCUACCUGCUCCCUUUUCAACUACUGAUGAAAAGGUCGAAGCCCUGGUGUCUUAUGACAAGUUACAAUCGAGUGAAUGCCACGUACGUUUCCGAUGACAAUAGGCUAGUCAAUGGCAUCGCACGGCGGGAAUGGGGCUUUGACGGCGUAGUGGUCUCAGACUGGAUGGGCGUUUAUUCCACAGCAGACUGCAUAAAUGCAGGAGUCGAUCUUGAAAUGCCAGGACCUACAAAAUGGCGUGGUAAUAAGUUAUUGAAAGCUAAAGAGGACGGACAAGUAUCCGAGGAUACCAUCGACGCUUCUGCGACCCGCGUGUUAGAGCUUGCAAAACGUCUUGGUCGCUUCGAGAACCCAGAAGAGCCACCAGAGCUGGCUCUGCAAAACCCCGAGCGAGAUCGAUUCAUCGCUAUUGCAGGUGCUGAGGGGAUGGUUCUGUUAAAGAAUGAUAAUGACGUCCUCCCGCUACCGAAGAACGCAACAGUUGCUGUCAUUGGGCAUCAUGCUCUAAAUGCUGCUUUGGGAGGAGGUGGCAGUGCCCGUGUGGAUUCACUACGUGCCAUCAGCCCGGCCCAAGGACUAAAGGAAGCAGGAUUCAAUGUUAUAGAAGCUCCAGGGGCCCCAGUCUUUGGUGCCCUGCCUCAUGCAGAUGAGAAAAUACUUUACGUAUCAAGCACAAAAUCACAAACCGCGGAGCCGGUUACCCUGGAAUGGUUCAAUGGCAAUGUCAUCGGACAGAACCUAGUUCAUGAAGAAACAAAAGCCUCGCCGGAAUACAUGAUCAAGGAGAAAUGGCCAUCCUAUCUCAGCGCCGAGUACUGCACCAGAAUCACUUUCGACAUCCGUCCCUCCACAAGCGGCGAGCAUAUCCUCUCAGUCAUUUCAACUGGUCCAGCCAUCUGCUACAUUAACGGCGAGAAGGUCUUUACAAGAUCCCAGGAAACAGACCUCAAACCCGAGUCAUUCUACUUUUUCAAAUCUCAGCUCGAACGCCGCUUCACAUAUCCUAUGCAAGCAGGACAUUUUUACACGCUCACCCUUGAAUCGUGGAACACCGAUCCCGAUAUCCUCAAUGGGCCCCGCCUUAAAAGCCGCAUGUUCCAAGGCUCAGCCCUCCGUUUCCACGAAUUCGUCGAUCUUCCAAAUCGCAUGGAAACCGCCAGGAAUGCCGCUUCACAAGCCUCACACGCCAUCGUCUGUAUUGGAACAACCACCGAGAUCGAAUCCGAAGGCUUCGACCGCACCUCGUUUGCGCUCUCUCAGUCUCAAUAUGAUCAAAUACUUGCCGUAACAUCCGCAAAUCCAAACACAAUCGUUGCCAACUUCAGCGGCAGUCCAAUCGACCUCACGCCCUUCGUUUCCAAAGUUCCGGCUCUCGUCCAAGCCUGGUUCCCCGGUCAGGAAGCCGGCCAUUCUCUGGCCCUCGUUCUAUCCGGGGCCGUCAAUCCCAGCGGCCGACUCCCCUUUUCCUGGCCAGCACGAGACGAAGAUAAUCCCACCUUCGGCAAUUUCCCGUGCGACCAGGAUAACAUUGUUCGGUAUGCCGAGGGGCUCGAUGUGGGGUAUCGAUACUACGAUCAACAAGAUACACCUACCCCGUUGUUCGCGUUUGGUUUCGGUCUCGGAUAUGAGACGGACUUUAGAAUCUCCAACUUACAUCUCAUAGACCCAGACAGCGUCGGUCUGGGUUCUAACCCCGAAGGACUGAUAAGAUUCACCUGUUCAGUUAAGAAUCACGGCACCAGAAGCGGCGCAACUGUACUCCAGUAUUAUAUCAGUAUCCCUCAGCCUAGCACUAAUAUUGGCCGUGACAGGCCGCUGAAAGAACUGAAGGAGUUCCAGAAACUAGUUCUCGAACCGGGCGAGGAGAAAGAGGUCGUUAUAUCACUCGACAAGUAUGCGGUAAGCCACUAUAAUGUGCAGGAGAAGUGCUGGCAGGUAGAUGCGGCGAGAUAUAUUCUUUCUGUUGGGCUCUCAGCUGAGCAUAUUUUCCAGGUCAUGGAAUUUGAGCUUGAAAAGGGAUUUCAGUGGACUGGGCUUUAA